GAGCAGUCCAAGUUUUGUUUUUUUGAAUACUUUUCGAAACGAUGGCUGAGUUUCUAUCGUCCGUCCACGGCACUGAGAAAGACAAAGGCAACUGCUCGUUCUACUUCAAGAUGGGCGCCUGCAGACACGGCGCGCGGUGCUCUCGCCUGCACAUCAAGCCGACAUUCUCGCCGACCAUCCUGCUGCCCAACUUUUACAAGUCGCCGUACCCAAACCCCGCCAACCCAGAGUCCGGGCCGAUCGACCCGGAAACGAUGCUAGCCUCACAGGACCACUUUGACGAAUUCUACGAGGACGUCUUCACAGAGAUGGAGGAAAAGUACGGCGCCGUCGAGGAGAUGAAUGUCUGCGACAACCUUAGCGAGCACCUUGUUGGUAACACAUACGUCAAGUUCCGACGAGAGGAAGACGCCGAACGUGCUGCCGAGGACCUCAACAACAGAUGGUUUGACGGCAGAGUCGUCUCUGCCGAGCUCUCCACCGUCACCGACUUUAACGAAGCGUGCUGCCGUCAGUAUGACAUUGGGCAGUGCAAGUUUGGCGGAUUCUGCAACUUUAUGCAUAUCAAGCCCAUCUCGAAAGAGUUGCGGAGGGAAAUUUAUGGCCCGUCUCGGGAUCACCGACGACGAGAGUCUUCUCGCUCUCGCUCGCGCUCGCGCUCGCCACGGCGGCGUUGAUUUUUCAGUUUGAAGAGGGGAGGGGAGAGAAAGAGAGAGAGAGAGUGUGUGUGUGUGUGUGUGUUGUAUGAAAUGCUUGCCUGCUCGUAUGCCUGUGUGUCUGUCGAUUUUUGUGUUUGUUCCAAUUCUGAUUUUUUUUUUUUUCGUUGUUGUUGUUUAAAAAAUUCUUCGUUUCUCGAGGCACUGUUCUCAGCAUUCC